UAAUAUCACCAUUUCUUCUAUUUACUAUCCAAAUUCUGCGUCACCCACAAAACGCCCCGAGAAGAAUCGAAUCCCACGACCCCAAUUUAACCCUCUCUCUCUCUCUCCUCCUCCCCCUCCUAGAGAGAGAAAAAGGCCAAUCUUAAACCCUUCUGCUUCUACUCUGUUUCCUCUGCCAUUCCUAUUAUAUAUAAAUUCAAUUCAGCCACCAAUAUACAGUGCUCAAAAGCCUCUUUUUCUGAAAAAAGCUUCUUCGAAAACUCCCACAGAACAGAUUGCUGCUCUGUUUCUCUUUUCUUUUCUUUUGAGAUUCUCUGGCAGUGGCAGUCGCAGUCGCAGUCGCAGUCGCCGGCCGCCGUCUUUGGGUUGAGCACCGCCGUAAUUGUGGCGCAUUAAUUUCUGAGCCUUCGCCCCUCUUCGAUUUCUGCUCAUUUAAGGCCUUUUCGAAGUUAACCCACAAAUUCCUCACCCCCCUCCCUGUUUUUCAGCUCGUUUUUUGGUUACUCUGUUUUUGUUUUCAGCUCUUUGGCUGAUUUCUUUGAACGAGGAAAAUAGAUCUGUUUCUUAAUUCUUUAAGACGGUGACGUUUCGAACAAGUCCAACAGAUCUGUAAAGAUUUAGACGUUUGAUUUUCGAGGGAAAAGAAAAUGUUGGCGCAGAAGCAAGCAGAGGAAGCGAUAGUUCCGACCGCCGGGACCGAGGCGGAGCACGUCGGCGCGAAGGAGGAAGGAGAAGAAGCCGACGGUGGAGAACAGCCGCAGAACUCUGUUUUCCAAAUGAAGAACCUCCUCUGGCACGGCGGCUCCGCCUGGGACGCCUGGUUCAGCUGCGCCUCCAAUCAAGUGGCUCAGGUGCUUUUAACGCUGCCGUACUCAUUUUCGCAGCUCGGAAUGCUGUCCGGAAUCCUAUUCCAAAUCUUCUACGGGCUGAUCGGAAGCUGGACGGCGUAUUUGAUCAGCGUUCUGUACAUAGAGUACAGAAGCAGGAAGGAGAAGGAGAACGUCAGCUUUAAAAACCAUGUCAUUCAGUGGUUCGAAGUGCUGGAUGGGCUUCUGGGACCUCACUGGAAGGCCGUGGGGCUCGCUUUCAACUGUACUUUCCUCCUCUUUGGAUCUGUCAUCCAGCUUAUUGGAUGCGCCAGUAAUAUCUAUUACAUUAAUGACCACUUGGACAAAAGAACAUGGACAUACAUUUUCGGAGCAUGUUGCGCCACCACCGUUUUCAUUCCCUCUUUCCACAACUAUCGGAUUUGGUCAUUUCUCGGCCUCGGCAUGACCACUUACACCGCCUGGUACAUGGCCGUCGCCGCCCUUAUCCACGGCCAGGUGGAAGGCGUUACCCAUUCGGGGCCGACAAAGCUGGUGCUCUACUUCACUGGCGCCACCAAUAUUCUUUACACCUUCGGCGGCCAUGCUGUCACUGUGGAAAUAAUGCACGCUAUGUGGAAGCCUCAGAAGUUCAAGUCCAUUUACUUGAUGGCCACGCUGUACGUUUUCACUUUAACGCUUCCGUCAGCUUCCGCCGUCUACUGGGCCUUCGGCGACGAGCUCCUCAAUCAUUCCAACGCCUUCUCCCUCCUCCCCAAGAACAGCUUCCGUGACGCCGCCGUUAUCUUAAUGCUCAUCCACCAGUUCAUAACAUUUGGGUUCGCAUGUACGCCGCUGUACUUCGUGUGGGAGAAAGUGAUAGGAAUGCACGACACGAAGAGCCUAUGUUUACGGGCAUUGGUCAGGCUGCCCGUGGUCAUCCCCAUUUGGUUUCUCGCCAUUAUUUUCCCCUUCUUCGGUCCCAUCAACUCCGCCGUCGGUGCUCUCCUCGUUAGCUUCACCGUCUACAUCAUCCCCUCCGCCGCCCACAUGCUCACUUAUAGAAAAGCUUCUGCCAGACAGAAUGCGGCGGAGAAGCCGCCGUUCUUUCUCCCGAGCUGGACGGCGAUGUACGUGGUGAACUGCUUCAUUGUGGUGUGGAUCCUGGUCGUCGGGUUCGGGUUCGGAGGGUGGGCCAGCGUCACCAACUUCGUCCGACAAAUCGACUCCUUCGGCCUCUUUGCCAAGUGCUACCAAUGCAAGCCCUCCGUCGCUCCCCCGCCGACACAUCGUCACUGAUGAGUCCACUCGCUUCCCAACUCGACUCCCACUCACUCACUCUCUACUUUGUAACAUACACGUCAUAUGGAUAUGGAUAUGGAUAUGGAGGAGCCAAAAAUAGUAAUAUUUUUCCUCUACAGCUUUACUUUCAAAUGUUUGUCUCGGACUCGGAUUCUUUUUUCAAUUUAAUUUCAUUUUAUCUAUCAGUUUUUACUUUUUGGUGUAGUUUAAUUAUCUAAUUUGCUAAGUUGUGAUGUGUUUCUUUUUUGUCUACCAAUUAUAAAUAUCAUUGUGUUAUGUGUGUGUUUGUUUUU